AUGACGUCAGCUGACCUUUUGAACACUCUGGAGGAUUUAAGAGACGAUGAAUUCAAGGACUUCAACUGGUAUCUGCAGCAGCCUGACAUCCUGGAAGGCUACCAAACCAUCAAGGUGUCCAAGCUGGAGAAAGCAGAAAGGAGGGACACAGUGGAUCUGAUGGUGAACACCUUCAAACUUCAUGGAGCGCUGAAGGUGACCAAGAAGGUUUUAGAGAAGAUAAACAGGAAUGACCUGGUGCAGAGUCUGCCAGACACCAGCUCAGGACCAGAAGAUGGGAUUAUUCCAGUACCAGAGCCACGACACAUCUCAUAUUACCAACAUUUGCUUCAAUUACACCUCCAGGAUAAGUUCAUGUGUGCACAAGAAGGGUGGGCACAGAAGAAAGAUGAGCAACGACUCGAUGAUAUCUACACAGAGCUGUAUAUCACAGCCGGUGGUGACGUACACAUCAACACGCAGCAUGAGGUCAGGCAGAUUGAGGCGAUGGUGGUAAAACCAGCAGGAACAGAGAAACCAGUCAAACCUUGUGACAUGUUCAAACACCCCUCCGGAAAAUACAAACCCAUGAGAACAGUGCUGACAAAUGGAAUUGCAGGAAUUGGCAAAACCUUUCUUGUGCAAAAGUUUGUGUUGGACUGGGCUGAAGGAAGAGCCAAUCAAGAUGUGCAUCUAAUUUUUCCUCUCACCUUCCGCCAGCUGAAUUUAAGGAAGGGAGAAAAGUUUUCCUUGGCAGAGCUCAUUCAUGAAUGUAUCACUGAGACCAGAGACAUUAAGGAAGAAGCUCUUAAUCACAUCUUUACAACUCUGCAGUCAUCAGGAAACACCAACUAUGACAAGAGCAAAUUUAAACUUCUGUUUGUUUUGGAUGGACUCGAUGAGAGCCGCCUUCAUCUGGACUGCUCUACCAGUGAAAAUCGGGCUGUUAACUGAGUGGAUGUGCUGCUGACGAACCUCAUCAAGAAUAAACUGCUUCCCUCUGCUCGCCUCUGGAUAACCACACGACCUGCCGCAGCCAAUCAGAUCCAUUCUGAUUCUGUUGACAUGGUGACAGAGGUCAGAGGGUUCACUGACCCACAGAAGGAGGAGUACUUCAUGAAGAGAUUCGGAGAUUCGGAGCAGGCCAGCAGAAUCAUCUCCCACAUUAAGACAUCACUAAGCCUCCACAUCAUGUGCCACAUCCCGGUCUUCUGCUGGAUCACUGCUACAGUUCUGGAGGACGUGUUGAAGACCAGAGAGGAAGGAGGGCUGCCCAAUACACUGACUGAGAUGUAUGCAGAGUUCCUGGUGUUUCAGAUUCAUCAGACAAAUGAGAAGUAUGACCAAAAAAAGUGCAUUCAGUGCAUUAAGUCAUUAGCAAAACUGGCUUUCCACCAACUGGAAGAGGGCAACCUGAUCUUCUACGAGAAUGAUCUAAAAGAGAGUGGCAUUGAUGUCAGUGGAGCCUCAGUGUGCUCAGGAGUGUUCACAGAGAUCUUCAAAGAGGAACGUGGGAGAAGGAAUGACAAGAUGUUUAGCUUUGUCCAUCUGAGUGUUCAGGAGUUUUUGGCAGCUUUCUACGUACAGAGGGCAGUCGUUAACAAACACAAGAAUGUGAUGUGUGAGCCAGGCCAAACUUGUGGCGGACAAAUGCAAAUGUUAUUUAGCAAAACUUCUAUGAUAAAGGUCCAAAGGUUUGCUAUUGACAAGGCCUUGAGCAGUCCAAAUGGACACCUGGACCUGUUUCUCCGAUUCCUCAUGGGUCUUUCACUGCAGACCAAUCAGACCGUUCUAAGAGGUCUACUGAAAAAGAAAAGAAGCUCAGAGGCCAAUCAGGAAACAGUCAAGUACAUCAAGAGUAAGAUCAGUGAGAAUCUGUCUCCAGAGAGAAGCAUCAAUCUGUUCCACUGUCUGAAUGAACUGAAUGAUCGUUCCUUAGUGGAGGAGAUCCAACAGUACCUGAGUUCAGGAAGUCUCUCCACAGAUAAACUGUCUCCAGCUCAGUGGUCAGCUCUGGUCUUCAUCUCACUGUCAUCAGGAAAUGAUCUGGAUGUGUUUGACCUGAAGAAAUAUUCUUCUUCAGAAGAGGCUCUUCUGAGGCUGCUGCCAGUGGUCAAAGCCUCCAACAAAGCUCUGCUGAGUGGCUGUAAUCUGUCAAAUAGAAGCUGUAAAGCUCUGUCUUCAGUUCUCAUCUCUCAGUCCUGUAGUCUGAGAGAGCUGGACAUGAGUAACAACAAACUGCAAGUUUCAGGAGUGAAGCUGCUCUCUGCUGGACUGGAGAGUCCACGCUGCAGACUGGAGACUAUCAGGCUGAGUGGCUGUGAUCUGUCAGAGGCAAGCUGUAAAGCUCUGUCCUCAGUUCUCAACUCCCAGUCCUCUAGUCUGAGAGAGCUGGACCUGAGUAACAACAACCUGCAGGAUUCAGGAGUGACUCUGCUCUCUGCUGCACUGGGGAGUCCAUGCUGCAAACUCGAGACUAUAAGGCUGAGUGGCUGUGAUCUGUCAGAGAGAAGCUGUGAAGCUCUGUCCUCAGUUCUCAGCUCCCAGUCCUUGGGUCUGAGAGAGCUGGACCUGAGUAACAACAACCUGAAGGAUUCAGGAGUGACUCUGCUCUCUGCUGCACUGGAGAGUCCAAACUGUAAACUGGAGACUCUUAGGGUGAGUGGCUGUAAUCUGUCAGAGAGAAGCUGUGAAGCUCUGUCCUCAGUUCUCAUCUCCCAGUCCUCUAGUCUGAGAGACCUGGACUUGAGUAACAACAACCUGCAGGAUUCAGGAGUGAAUCGACUCUCUGCUGGACUGGAGAGUCCACAUUGCACACUGGAAACUCUAAGGCUAUCAGGCUGUCUGAUCACAGAGGAAGGCUGCACUUUUCUGGACAAAGCUCUGAGAUCCAACCCCUCACAUAUGAGAGAGCUGGACCUGAGCUACAACCAUCCAGGAGACUCAGGCGUGAAGCUGCUUUCUGCUAGACUGGAGGAUCCACACUGGAGACUGGAAUCGCUCAAGGUGGACCAUAGUGGAGAGCUGUGGCUGAGACCUGAUCUGAGGAAGUAUUCCUGUGAACUCACACUGGACACAAACACAGUAAACGGAAACCUCAAACUGUCUGACAACAACAGGAAGGUGACAGCAGUGAUGGAGGAGCAGCCGUAUCCUGAUCAUCCAGAGAGGUUUCAGAAUUGUCAGCUGCUGUGUACAAAUGGUCUGACUGGUCGCUGUUACUGGGAGGUCGAGUGUAAAGGAUUGGUCCAUAUAUUUGUGACUUACAGAGGAAUCAAGAGGAGAAACAAUAGUGCUUCCAGCUGGUUUGGACAAAAUAAUCAGCUCUGGAGUCUGAUCUGUUCUGAUGUUCAUGGUUUCUCUGUCAGUCACAACAACCUAAGAUCAAGUCAUUGCCUCCUCCUCCCUUCUUCUUCCUCCUCCUCCUCAUCCGUCCCUCACAGAGUAGCAGUGUAUGUGGACUGGCCUGCUGGCACUCUGUCCUUCUACGAAGUCUACUCUUACAACCAGAUCCACCUCCACACCUUCAACACCACAUUCACUGAACCUCUUUACCCUGGCUUUAGGUUGUGGUCUGGUUCUUCAGUGUCUCUGUGUUCACUGUAG